AUGCCAUACGAGAUCCUCGAUCGCGGGGGCUUUGGAAGAAUCACUGCCCAAAGGGGCAGCCAGUUCUCUGAAGGGGAGACUCUGCUGCCAAUAAACAUGCGCGAAAUCCCGAAGGAAUGGACUAUCACGUUUAAACUUCGAGCUAAGGGGCGCGGAGCCCUGGACAGUGGAUAUAUUGAGUGGAGCUUUCUGUGGACACCGGGCACCUUCAAGGUGGACAAAUAUGAACCGGACCAUUUCCAUUACGUCUGGCUGAGAUUAGGCAUCAUUCCUCCAAAACAAGCCCAAAUCGCCCAGGCGGCUCACGAAAUCUUCCCAUGUCUCGGCUCCUGGCACCCUCGAAUCCCCUACGGUCCCGUGCCCGCUUCUUCCCAAAUCCGUUCCAUCACGGUUUCAGCAAAAGGCCAGGGAUUCAUGUGUUGCCAUUCACUUCCAUGCAAGUGCCUUUCGAUGGGUUUUGUGACUCUUGAUCCCAAGGCAGAAGGAGAGGAAGAGGGAGUCCUAUCAUGA